GAUUCCUGUGACCCUCAUCAUUAAAGCACCGAAUCAGAAAUACAGUGACCAGACUAUUAGCUGCUUCUUGAACUGGACCGUGGGGAAACUAAAAACGCAUCUGUCUAACGUGUACCCUAGCAAACCAGGUCUUGAGUGCUGUUUGGUGUUUAAUAGGAAUCAUUGCUUAUGCCUGAUUCCCUGCACAUCUGCCUGUGGACUUGGAAGCAGAGAAGGGUUUAGUGCCUAGUAGAAGCAGUGUCCCCCAUUAAGAAGUAGCAAAGUUGGGCGCUCUGUUGACGAAGGAUCAGAGAUUGGUGUAUUCGGGCAGACUGCUUCCUGAUCAUCUGCAGCUGAAAGACAUUCUCAGAAAACAAGAUGAGUAUCAUAUGGUUCAUCUAGUGUGUACUUCUCGGACUCCUCCCAGUUCUCCAAAGUCCAGCACCAGUAGAGAAAGUCAUGAAGCAUCGGCAUCCAGCAGCAAUUCUAGUUCAGAUCAGUCAGGAUCAUCAACUCCAUCAUCCAGUCAAGAAACCUUGUCUUUAGCUGCCAGUUCUUCCUCAGAAGGAUUGAGGCAACGUACCCUUCCACAAGCACAAACCGACCCAGCACAGAGUCAUCAGUUCCCAUAUGUAAUGCAGGGAAAUGUAGACAACCAGCUUCCUGGGCAAGCUGUUCCGGCUGGAUUCCCAGUGUACCCUGCUUUCAGCCCAUUGCAGCUGCUGUGGUGGCAACAGAUGUAUGCUCAUCAGUAUUAUAUGCACUAUCAAGCUGCAGUUUCAGCACAGGCCACAUCAAAUGCCAACUCAGCCCAGCCUGCUGCUUCACAGCCUCUAAACUUGGCACACGUUCCUGGAGAAGAACCCCCACCAGCUCCAAACCUAGUGGCCCAAGAAAAUCGACCCAUGAAUGAGAACGUUCAAAUGAAUGCACAGGGAGGUCCAGUGCUAAACGAAGAAGACUUCAAUCGAGACUGGCUGGACUGGAUGUACAUGUUCUCACGAGCUGCAAUUCUCCUUAGCAUUGUAUACUUCUAUUCUUCCUUUAGUCGCUUUAUCAUGGUAAUGGGAGCCAUGCUACUGGUUUAUUUACACCAAGCUGGAUGGUUUCCUUUUAGGCAAGAGGGAGGUCAGCAACAGGCUCCCAACAAUAAUGCUGAAGUUAACAAUGAUGUGCAGAAUGCAAACAACCUAGAACUUGAAGAAAUGGAGCGUCUUAUGGAUGAUGGGCUUGAAGAUGAGAGUGGAGAAGAUGCAGGUGAAGAUGGCAGUGCAAUUCAAAGGCCUGGAUUAAUGGCGUCAGCUUGGUCUUUUAUCACCACCUUCUUUACUUCACUGAUACCAGAGGGGCCUCCCCAGGUUGCUAAUUAGACCUGAAAAACUGUGCCAGCUGCAAAGGAGGGUCUGAAUUUAGGAAAGUGUUUUAAAUAACAGUGCAAUUUCAAAAAAUUUAUUACUUUCUUUUCAUCAUCAUGUACAGGGGUAUUUUUUUCUUUAAGCUUCUCAUGCAUAUGAAUAUUUUAAGCACAAGUGGACUACUAAAUGUGUGAUUUUUUAAAAAGGUCCUAACAGAACAUAGCGUAACAGUAUUGGUCUUCCAGGUUUUAUUAAUUUCAUUUAUGCGUAUUAAACCAAGACAGGCCUGUUUGUGUAGCUUAUUUCUUUAAAGAGCUGCUUCACAUAUAAAUGUCUAUAGCUAAUAGCCCAGCCCCUCAAUGUAUAAUUUGAAGAAAUAUAUCUAUUUUCUGUGAAUUAUCCUGAAAGUUUUAAACUGAAUGACCUCAUAGUUUUUAACAAAGAAUAUUAUUUACCUGAAAUGUGCUAGUAGCAUCUUUCCCAGCCAUAAAGCAAUAAACUUCUCAGUAAUCUUAAUUUUGAAAUUUGAAUAAAUGGAAACUUUCUAUUUUAAGAGCAUGCACCCCAUCAAUUGGAAUUAGUACUUUAAAAAAAAUGGCAGCUCUUCAAUGGAAUUAACAGUGAUAUAAAAUGUUUGAUAUGGGCAGUACUUUUAUAAAAUAAGAUAUGCUGGAAAUCACUCCCUGUAAUUUUUUAAAAUAAAAGGUCAAUUAUGGUAAA